CUCUCUCUCUCUCUCCUCCCUCUCUAUCAACCUGUCCUCUCCUCAGUCUCUGUCAGGACGCACUACACUUUGCGUCUCUCGCUUCUUCCUAACUUUCCUCCACCAUGAGCGUCAUGGCCUCAGAGAGCGUGUUUUUGUCCGCCUUACAGCCCAACACCUCGGUCACCACCUAUGCCCUCCCGGCUGAGAUCAGCCUCGGUAACGGAGGAGGCACCAUGUCGGACGAGAUGUCCCGAGCGAAACGAGUCCACCAGCAGGUCCAGAUGAGACUGGCCGAGUCCAAGCACACACUUCCGCGUCAGAACGGAUCGUCCUCGCAGUACGCCAUGUCAGACUACGGCGGUUCUUCAACAAUGAAAUAUCAAACCUAUACCCCGGGCUACAGCUCUAAAUCCUCCUACAUGUACUCAGGCUCCAGAACAAUGGGUCCACGCAUAUCCACGAGGACGGGUUUCAGCAGCCAGUCUGCUGGCCCAGACCAGGUCCAGUUUCACAGGAUCAGUGUCGGGGGAAUGGGUGGCGCUGGUGGCGGUGGUGGUGGUGGUGGUGGCGGCGGCUUUUACAGAGAAGACAUACGCCUGGGCGGCUACCAAGGAACCGCCAGGCAACAGAGCCGAGUGGACCCAGAGAGCUUCGUCAUGCGGCAGCAGUCAGUGCAAAUGAACCCCUGGAUGGCGGAUGGCAGCGACGCCGGCAGCAUGGUCUCUGACCGUGACGCCACCUUCGGCCGCCAGUACGCUCACAGCGCAGUGAACGGCUACUCAACCCAGGUGAGGCAAGGAGGAGGCACCAUGACCUUUCCGGCACCCAUGCGCCGAUCUCUCAGCGGCACUCUUUCCCGCGGCGGAGGGAUGGCGGGAGGAGAGGUGGAGAUGAUCCAGCAGCAUUCCUUCAAAGGCCCCGCCCACCGCACCAUCAGCAGGAUUGCAAACCGAAACAACCGGCAGAGCGUGGGCUCCAUAUCUGGGGGGCAGAUGAUCAUGACUGGGCAGCAGAUGUCCUCAGGUGGGAGCAUCUACGGCGGAGGGAUGGACAGAGUGGACAAAGGGUUCAUGUCGGGUGGAUUGGCCUCUGCUUCCCAGGGGAGCCUGAUGCAGCGUCAGGGCACCAUGUCCCGCGCCAUGUCGAUCAAAAGCAUGCAUAGCGUGGGCAGAGGCAUGGACAUCUACGGCGGGCAGAUGGAGAUGGGAGCCAGCAUGGGCAACCUCAGCGGGAUCAACUCGUUGGACAUGCCCACAGCGGUGCAGAACCUGAGAGAGGACGACCAUGACCUGCAGGUCCUGGGUGCUGCCUACAUUCAACAUGAGUGUUACAAUGACAAUGACGCCAAAAAUGAGGUGCGUCGCCUGAAGGGCAUCGGCGAGCUGGUGAAGCUGUUCAACUGCGACAACCAGGAAGUGCAGCGUUACGCCACCGGCGCCACACGCAACCUCAUUUAUGAGAACAUGGACAACAAGGUGGCCCUGAUCGAGGAGGGCGGCAUCCCACAGCUGGUCGAGGCACUUAAGGAGCCCGACGAAGAGCUCCACAAAAACAUCACUGGUAUCUUGUGGAACCUUUCAUCCAAAGACAACCUGAAGGAGAAACUGGCCAGAGAGACACUUCCUGAGCUCACUGAGAGGAUCCUCAUCCCCUUGUCUGGCACCGGAGACUCUGAGGUCAUCCAGCAGUCGCCCUCCGAGGCAGACAUCUUCUACAACACCACAGGAUGCCUCAGGAAUAUGAGCUCUGUGAACGAGAAGACUCGUCAGCAGAUGAGAGAGACACACGGACUGGUGGACUCUUUGGUGGGCUACAUCACGUCCUCCCUCGAUGAGAACAAGGCAGAAGACAAGGGGGUUGAAAACGCAGUGUGCGUCUUGAGGAACCUCUCCUACCAGCUCUACAAUGAGAUGCCUCCAUCUGCUAUGUUGCGCCUGGAAGGACCAACCAGAGGUCAGGACUCAGGAAAGGGCGAGGCCAUCGGUUGCUUCACGCCUCAGAGCCGGAAAGCCAAAAACAGCAAGAACCAGGAUCUCUCCACUUUCACCGAGGUCGCUCGGGUGCCAAAGGGCGUGGAGUGGCUGUGGCACCCACAGAUAGUCGGGGUGUACAAGCGUGUACUGGUAGCAUGCGAGAUCAACUCCACCACCCGCGAGGCAGCCGCAGGAGCGCUGCAGAACAUUACAGCUGGAGACAAGAGGUGGGCGUCGGUGCUGAGCCGGGUGGCUCUGGAGCAGGAGCGCACGCUGCCGGUGAUGCUGGACCUCAUGCGUACCAGCAACGACGUGGAGCUGCGCUCUCUCACAGGCUUCCUCCGUAAUCUGUCCCGCCAUGCCAGGGAUAAGAAUGACAUGGCCACAAAGGUGGUGAACAACUUGGUGACCAAGCUGCCUGAGGACGGACACCAGAAGGAGCCGUCCAGCGAGGUGGUUGUCAACAUCUGUGGCGUUCUCAAUAACUUGGUGACCAGCAGCAUUGUAGCCGCCAGAGACAUCACCUUCUUUGAUGGCCUGCAGAAACUGGUCGGCAUCAAGAGCUCACAUGACAGCAGCUCUGGAAAGAUUAAAGCAGCCAAAGCAGCAUCCACAGUCCUCAGCAACAUGUUCCAGUACAAGAAACUGCACAAAAACUACAAAGAGAAAGGGUUUACAAGACCGGAUUUUGCAGAUAUGUCGAUCUAAGACCAAAGUUCACUUCUCCAACAGUGAUCAGGCCUGCGCUCCACCAGCCUCCUGUGGAGUAAAUAGACUGUUUAUAUUAUCCAAAUAUAACGUAGGUUCAGUUUGAAUCUGCCAUACGUUGUGAUGAGAACAUGGACGCACAAUGAUGGAGGAUCUACACGAUGGAAAAGGACUUUCUGUGUAUUUUUAAAACUACGACGGACAGUUCAAGAAACGUGGACUAGUGAUGGACUCUGAUACAAAUGUGUGCACCUUAACCAUUUACUCUCUUUGUUUGAACACUGUAUGUUUUAGUUGGAAUCAGGGAUUUAUUUUCUGUCAGAGUAAUAUGUAUUCAGCUGUUUGUGUUUCUGUUUGAACAACUGUUGAUGGACAAUAUGGUGGACACUCGUGCCUUAUCUCCUCACUGUUGCACCUCAGUCACAGCAUGAAUGCAACUAGUGUGGUACUAACAUGGCAUUUUUGUAAAUAUCGCGUCUUCUUUUACACAGAAAUCAAAUAUUUUAUAUAUUGCUAUGUACUUUGUAUUUGUAGUUUUUAGAUAAAUAAAUAUGUUUAUAAAUGAGUCAAAUUUAUAACAUACAGUUAUAAUUGAAUGUAAACUACAGGAGAUUUAUAGGAAUUUGGAUGUUUAUAAUUUUAGAUUACAAAAUCUGGGGAUAAUGAAUGAUUGUGCCUCCAAAGUUGACUUUUGUACUUAGUUGUGUGCUUUUUAAACUUGCGAAAUCUCAGUCUUGUCAUACAAAAUGCUGACAUUUGUAAUCGCUUUGUCAAGCAGAACUCAUGAAGUCCCAUUAUGUCUGUUUAUUGUACUUACACACGGGUUAUAAUCUUAACUAUUCAGAACAAAUACAAUGUUUGUUUUGUAUUUCAGAUCUUAUUGAUCUUAAUCUAACACAUUCACACCCCAUUUAAACCCAUUUAGAUUGGCAACAAUACUAUUUUAAUUCUAUUUGUGGAAUUUGUAAGUAUUAAUACAAAAAGUUUAGUUCAAAACUCAGAUUCAAUCUUUUGAAUUAUUACUGCUCUGUGGCAUAAAUGGUGACCUUGUGUUACUGUGUGGCUUCUGACUGUUUUCAUAUUUGCUUUUGUGUUGUGUACAGGCAGAUGUAUCAUAUGGAUAUUUUUCAGCUAAUAAAGAGAAAGAUUUGGAA